AAACUCAAUCCUCUUGUCCUAAAAUCCCAGUUUCCUUCUUCUCUAAUCAAACUCCUUUUUGUUGUAAAAACAAAUAUUUCUUUUUUUACAUUUUUUUUAAUUUAGGAUAUCAUCUAAUACUUCCCAAUAAUUCAUUCCCAAACCACAUUUUCUUCUUCCUUUUAAAUCACACCCGAAAAUUACAGUGUUCAUUGUUCAAAGAGUUUCAGAUUUUGAAGAUCAAUUUUUUUUUUCAUUUAUAAUGCAAUCGAAAACCGUAAGCCUAGCUCCAGGAUUCAUCCUUGUCCCAACCCUAAAACCCCCACACAAAACCUUAAUCUUCCAUCAAAUCCUCAUCUUCAUCCUCACUUUCUUAGCCUACGCCUCUUUCCACGCUUCCCGGAAACCCCCCAGCAUUGUCAAAAGUAUCCUAGGACCCACAAUUCAAUCAAAUUCCAGCUCAACCGACGCCGGAUGGGCCCCGUUUAACGGGCCGGAAGGAACCCGCAGGCUCGGUGAGCUUGAUCUUGCAUUUUUAUCGUCAUACGCAAUAGGGAUGUAUUUUGCUGGACAUGUAGGUGAUAGGAUUGAUUUAAGGCUUUUUCUUGUGUUUGGAAUGCUGGGUAGUGGCCUUUUUACGAUAAUUUUCGGGUUUGGUUACUGGUUUGAUGUUCAUUUGUUGGCUUAUUUUAUGGGAGUUCAAGUUGUUUGUGGGGUUUUUCAGUCUAUAGGCUGGCCUUGUGUGGUUGCCGUUGUGGGGAACUGGUUUGGGAAAGAUAAGAGAGGGUUGAUUAUGGGGGUUUGGAAUUCACAUACUUCUGUUGGUAAUAUUAUUGGGUCAAUUGUUGCUUCUGGGGUUUUGGAGUUUGGUUGGGGUUGGUCGUUUUUGGUGCCUGGGGUUUUGGUUAUUGUGGUUGGGGUUUUGGUUUUUUGUUUUUUAGUUGUGAGUCCUGACGAAUUGGGGUUUGAGAUGAUGGAGUCUGGAAAGGAGAUUGAGAUGAAUGUGGAGGGCGAAAGUGUGGGGAAUUUAGAGAAAAUAGAGUCAGAGGAAGCAGGGCUGCUUGAGAACGAGGAAUCUGAUUCUUUGGCUGCCAUUGGAUUCUUGGAGGCAUGGAGGUUGCCAGGUGUGGCACCGUUUGCUUUUUGCCUGUUCUUCUCGAAGCUAGUGGCUUAUACAUUUCUGUAUUGGUUGCCCUUCUACAUGAGGCACACAGCUGUUGCAGGAGUGCAUUUGUCACAUAAAACUGCUGGGAUCCUCUCUACAUUAUUUGAUAUUGGAGGAGUCUUUGGUGGGGUGAUGGCAGGUUUCAUUUCAGAUAUCAUUGAAGCUCGUGCAGUUACUUCAGUAACUUUCUUAUUAUUAUCAAUUCCAGCACUCAUUUUGUACCGGGUUUAUGGAAGUGUCUCUAUGGUUUCCAAUAUCGCAUUGAUGUUUCUCUCUGGGUUGCUAGUGAAUGGCCCAUAUUCACUUAUUACAACAGCCGUUGCAGCUGAUCUUGGUACACAGGACUUGAUUAAGGGAAACUCUCGUGCUUUAGCUACAGUGACUGCAAUCAUUGAUGGUACUGGCUCUGUUGGGGCAGCUCUUGGCCCCCUUUUGGCUGGGUAUAUCUCGACUAGGGGUUGGAAUAGUGUAUUUCUUAUGCUUAUUGUGGCUAUAUUCUUUGCUAGUUUAUUCUUGAUUCGUGUUGCAAAAUCUGAGAUUGAAAGGGUCAAUGAGGGGAAAGGGCUUUGGAGUGGUGUGACCACAAGGUGCUGCGGUUUCUCUAGGCAAUGACUGUUUUUGUCUAUUGUACACAUAGAAGAGGAUCUCAUUAGAAUGCAGCAUGUGAUGUAACAGUUUUCUGUUCAGUAUACCGAAGUCUUGUGUUGUAUCUCAUUCUUUAUACAGAGAAAAUCUUCAAUUCACUUGUACAUGUAAAAUUUUGUAUCAGAAUAAACUUCAUUCUCUUUUUACCUAUGGUAGAUCUAAGUUUGUACUCUUAAAUGCCCACCCUUUAUAAUUGAGCAAACUGGUGUACCCCUGCUAGGUAUAGCUUUUGGCAUCUACUGUCUUUGUAAAGAAGAUUAAGAACGGAAACUUUCAUCUCUUAGUUUGUACAGGAAGUUCUGUUAAAGUGAUUCUUUCAAAGAAAGGUGUUGGUUCUGUCUGGUGGAGGUGAUUGCCUAGGUAGACAUCUAACCAGGUCAGAAAUUGAUCCAACCAGUCUAAAGGUCAUGAAACUUGGGAGUUUAUCUUCUUAAUCUUGUGAUAUUUUGGUGUGUGUGCACGUGCACGCAACACGUGCAGACAAUCUCCCAUUUCAUGCUGGUAUGCUAGUGUUGGAUGCACCAAGUAGCAUAUGCUGCGUUUUACCUACAACUCUUCAUUUCCAUUAUGGCAGUGUUGAGUUGGAUUCCCUAAGUCGCGCAGGCUACACGGGGCCGCUUGGUGGUCCGACCCUGUGGAGUCCACUUGCAUCCCCAGAUAUCCCCUAAACGAAUAGAGGAAAUUGUUAGAAAUCAUCCCUUCAGGAAUAUCCAUUCAAAAGCCAUCUUUAAGCUCAAUAAAAGUGAGACUAUGCCUGCUUCUAUGGUUAAGAAACUACCUUGAGACU